AUGACGACUGAUGUGACUUCAACGGAUUCUCGAUCGUCAAACCAAACCAAUUUUGAGAUUCCGCCUGACUUUAUAAUCGGCGUGAUCUGUUUUUAUUCUCCACUCAUCAUCGCGACCCUCCUCAGUAAUUCUUUAGUCUUGCUGGCAGUUUACAGAGAAAAAAACCUCCGGAAAAGAAGUAAUGUUUUCAUCGUGAGUUUAUCUGUUGCGGAUUUCUUGACGGGUCUCGUGGGUGUCCCAACAGCGAUCGUCGGUAGGCUGAUUCAGAACCACGUUACUUGCUUUACGGCAACCCGUAUGGUGUUCUUCACAGCUGCAUUUACAUUCUCUGCAGUGUCUCUCUUUCAACUCCUCGCAAUAACUGUAGAGAGAUACCUUGCUAUAGUUAUUCCUUUAGUUUAUCACAAGAAUAUGACCACACAACGCUAUUUCUACAUUAUAACAACCGUUUGGAUUUUAGGCAUCGUGUUUGGAAUUAUUCCGAAUAUUGGAUCGGGGAAUCCGAAUGAGUCAGUCUGCGUCAUGGAUUAUAAAACAUCCCAUGCCGUCCGGAUCUUCAUGCUGAUAUUCGCAAUCUUCAUUCCUGUGGUUCUAUCUGCAAUGGGGUUGAUGUACUUUCACAUAUUCCGGACUGCUAGAUCUCAGGCGAACCGGAUUGCUGCUCUAAGACGAGCUCUGUUCCGGAAGGAUGACAACCAAACUGAUGAGCAAUCGGCCCAGAUGAAAGCUACCACCACAACAGCAAUCAUCCUUGGCGGCUUUGCUGCAUGUUGGAUGCCAAUGUCUCUGAAGUUCUUCAUUGAGGCGUCUUUGGAGUUAUACCCUUAUGCUAUCCUCCUCCUGCAGACGAUCUUAGAAUUUCCCGCGUACGCCAAUUCAGUCAUGAACCCUCUGAUUUAUUCAUACCGUAGUGCCGAGUUCAGGACAGCAUGUUGUAGAAUGUUUGCCCCUCUGAAACUCUGUAAGAGAAAUAAAGUGGAGCAAACACCUGUUCUUCCAUUUAGUGCUUGUAGCGUGACUUUACAAGACAAUUGUGUAUCUGAUGAUGUAAUAGUCAGUUAA